GCUAAGGGGCGGUGUUCCACUUCACACAGUGACCUCCCUCUCCCAAGCAGGACGAGCUGGAGCUCAGCACCAGUCUGCGUGACACCCCCAACAGAAUCUCACCAACGUCCCGCCACUUGGUUGCUGUCUCAUCACUUUCCUUAAAGAGGAUAAAAAAAAGUUAGUCUAAGACAUUUUCAUCUAAAUCCCAGCUCGGACGUUUCCUCCUUGUUGCCAUGGUUUAAGAACUUUCUGCGUAAAAACAGGAGGGGAGGAGCGGAACUUUCUGGGGACCCUUUCUGGAGGCACAACGCUGGUUUUAAAUACGGAAGUCAGAUCUGUCCUCCUUUUGUGCUUUUUGAUCUUUUGUCCCAGUUUUCCAGCUUCAGUGGUGUGGAUGGUAACCUGGAACUUUCCCAUUUUGCGCGAGAAAGGAGCCGCUUUCCGGUUAGUGGAGAGGAGCAUGCGAGCCUCUCCUCCGUCUCGGUUGGUGGAGUGGCUAUGAGGAAAAAGAUUCACCUGCUGGGCUGACAGAACAAGACCACACCGCAACACCAGAACACCCCCUCUGCGCAGCUGAAAAUGAGAGGAUGUCUGUGCAGCACAAGAAGGAAUCACAUGUUUGCAUCAUAAAGCAUCAACGUGACUAGACAGGAGAAGAUAAUGCGGGAACGGGGUCCUUGCUUUUGUGGAGUAGGUGUCUGGAGUCUGCUGGUGUCUCUCUGUCUGGCCUCCCUCACACAUGCACACAGGAGCCACACAGUGCAUGUGAAGGCAGGGACAUGUGAAGUAAUCGCUGCUCACCGCUGCUGCAACAAAAACAAGAUUGAGGAGAGAUCUCAGACUGUCAAAUGUUCCUGCUUCCCCGGUCAAGUCGCCGGCACCACUCGAGCGAUGCCCUCCUGUGUUGAUGCCUCCAUUGUAGCCCAGAAAUGGUGGUGUCAGAUGCAGCCAUGUAUGGACAGUGAGGAGUGCAAGGUUUUACCAGACCUCACUGGAUGGAGCUGCAGCACUGGCAACAAAGUCAAGACCACAAAGGUGACCCGAUAGUCCAUCCCAACAUAAACAGUAGGAGGAACCGAUGGUGGAAGUUCUUUCACAACACAACAGACUUUUCAUGAUUCAAAGACCUUCACUAAGAUGGAUUUCUAUGAACCGGUAAAUGUUCAUUUUUGUCUGAGGACAACCAGGACUUGGCAGCUGGAGAGACAGGACUCUUACCCAGCUAGCCAUCAACGCUGAACACUUUCCUGGCUCUUUGACCACAGAGGACUACACUACCCACAAUCCUUUAAUGCUACUAAAAACAUGAACGUGAACUAUGACAUAAGCAUAGUUAGAUGACAGUAAAACAAUCUCUUUACAAAAACCUAUAUUCUUCAUCUCUCUUUUUGGCUGACUUGUGUUCCAGAUGCACACCAGGAAUGAAUGGACUCUGGAUUUUUCAGAGGGACUUUUUAUUGUUUUUCUUUUUUGAAGAAUUGUUUAUUGCAAACGUCACAACAAAAAUGCUGUUCCAGAAUGCUUGCCUCAUGAAGUCUGGGUGACAUAUUCAAGUUUAACUGUGCCACAUGCAGUCUGCUUAUUGCUGUUGAAAUGACUCUUAGAUCUGGAAAGGGUUCUCCUUUCUUUUUAUUUAAAACACUAUAAUAUGUAUUUUCCUUGAGUAGUUUGUGGCUCACCACAUGCCAUUUUUUUAAAUUCAAAUACAGUUUUUCUGUUUUGUUUUUGCUUUUUUCCCACAAAGAACAACAUCUUUUCAGGGGUGAGGUUAGACUAAUACAAAGUAGAUGUUAUGGUAUAUUAAAGCGUGUAAACGUGUAAAACAAUGUCAAGGGCGCUACAAAUAAAAUUAUGCUCUACUGGUUUUAAUAUCUGUGUUUUUAAAAUGCCUGUUAUAACAGCUAUUGAGUACAUGUGUCAGUAUUAUAUGAAAUGAAUAAAACCUUUCAAAAGAAAAGUGUUUAGUUUGUUUUGGUUUGUUAAAGAAGCAAAACACAAAACAAACAAGUUGUUGAAUAGUUGCAAUACGAAUAGAAGAAGGAGGAAUGAGCCAACAUUGACUAUGUUAAAACCGUUAAAGGUGCAGUUGACUGAAAACCCAAUUUUUAAAUGUUUAUUUCUGAUUAUAAUCGGUCACUCUAAGUUUUGUCAAGCAGGCUGAACAUGAAAAUAGUCUCCUACACCUAUCUCCUGCAUUAGGUUCUGAUGGAAAAUAGAUGGUGAAACUCUAGGAUUACAAAAUCCUCACAGAUCUACAUCACACUGUGAAUUAGCAUUCAUGGACUCACCAAUCUUGAUUCACAUUGGGGCCCUUUUUUUUUGUUUUAAUGUCUGGUGAUCAACAGCAGAUGUUAAAAGCUAACCAUUGGCAUUAGCAACUUCACCUCAUAGCAGAAGCUUCUCCAGGCUUGUGUUAUUUGUGGAGAUAAAGCAUCAAUGUUGCUAGUCAGUAGUAGAGUUGUGUUGCUGUUAUCCAAUCCAGGGUGAGGUGUCCAAAUAUCAGGAAACAAGACUCCAAAUUCUGCUGUGUUAAGCGCUCCUGUGAUGGUACAAACUUGGCCCUGCAGAGCCAGGGGUUUGUGGGCUAUUUUGUGCCCUGGGAACUGCCUGCAAGGCAUUCAUUCCUACUAGAGAUCACUCCAAAUGUAGUGAUUAAACAAUGAAUCCACGCGUUUAAAUUGAAGCAGGGAUAUGUCUAAAAGUGGGAAUCUUGUGUGUCCAGGAGAGAGCAGAGUGCGACUCUGCUAGUAGAAGCUAACUGUUAGCAUUUGCAGUUCCACAAAAUGGCAGAACUCCUUAAGGCUUGUAUUGUUUGUGAAGACAAAUCCUCCGUCUUCAGCUCACCUCUGCUCUGACUCACUUCUAGUUCCUGCAUUCAUUCAUACUAGAUACCACUGCAAAUGUAUUGAUAAAAACAAGUGAACUUAGUCCUUGUAGCUAGAGCAGCCCUCACCCUCACACCCCACCCAACAACAAAAAUGUAGUAUCACUUAUGAAAGAGCAAUGAAAGAAUUAGGACUGCACUUUGCUGAACUCAUCCAAAGGUACGAUUAAUUCGGUAUGUGUGGUAAAUUACUAAUUACUUAGCAGUUGUUAAUAAAAUAAAUAAUGUUCACUCCAUGAUUAAACACUAAAUUGAGAGGAAAUGUCUUAUAUUAAUUGCCGCUUUGGGGAAAUAGUUUAAUUCAGACCAGAAUGAUGAGACAAAUUGUUGCUGUCUUAAAACAACUUUUAUCUCAAACAUUGGUUGAUGUAACUUUUUUCUGUACUCCAUUAUUCCACCAUUCAUUUCAUAUUACACUUUCAUUUUGGCAGAAAUUAGACUUUCCCUGCCAGAAUGGCCGUAAUAUCCUUCACAGGUGACAACUUGCUGCUAAUAUUUGUUUAUGUUAAUUAUCAUAGAAUUCAGUAAAAAACUGUAGGCCUAUAUUGUAAUAAUAUCAGUGAUGUUUGGAUUUAAAAACAAUGUUUCUGAGGCUGGAGAUGUUAUGAGUGGUAAGCAAACCCCACUUUCCCAUCAGCUGUUCACAAUUCCCAGUUCUGACAGUUGAAACCAAAACUAGUGUCUCUGAUUUAUGUUUCAAAAAGAUCUGUUAUUGGAGUUCGCUCAAUCAGGAUGUCUCCACUGACUAACAAUGACUGUGUGAUUGUUUCCUUUAUGAACACAUAUGAAGUGUGGGUGUCAUAAUGUGGAAGAAAGUCUUUUUUUGUGUAUUCACUGCAUUGUUUGGCACAAAACUGUCCAAUCCUUCUGUCAGCAUAAGCAAAGUUUUAUUCCGGACUGUUUUAUUUAAAGGUUUGCUUUAUUUUUUGGUUUGAACUGUGAAACGCUCAUCUUCUCAUAGACAGUGGGAUCUCUCUGUUUUACAACACACCUAAUGCCAAAGUAGCUUUUAUUCCUUUAUUACUUUUAUUAUUUAAUGAAUUUGUGUUAAUUCCAGAAAAACAGGAAGAACAAAUGGUCCAUAUAUGUUGAGUUAUGCAUGGCUUAUAUAAAUAACAGUGACCAAUACUAUAAGCACUGUAGAUUUUAUCUGACUAUUCUUGGUCUUAUUGUGCUGGUUAAACAGUGAAAUGCUCCAUGUCUUGAGGAUCUUUACAAAUUAGCCAUUUUCUUAAGUUAACAAUCAAACAAGUCUUAAAUAUGGCUACAAAUACUGAAAAUGAAAUAAAUGGACUGCUAUGUUUCUUUCAAUUAGUUUGUGUUUGCUAUUGCUUUUAAAAGCAAUUGUUCACUAAUAAAAAAUAUGAAAGAUUUACCUGGAGAUACUUCUACAAGUUCAGCUCAGCAUGUCAUCCAACACAUCACCAAUGUAAACGAUGGAGUGUUCAUGUCUAAAAGUGUUUUUUUUAUAAUUUUUUUUUAUUUCAGUGUUCAUUCACAGGUAAACGUUCUUAAGAAAUUGUGUUUGUUUAAACUAAAACUAUAAAUGAAUGCUAUGGGUAUUUGUUCAGUCUGUCCCUGCAAACAGUCAAUGUCAUAUGGACGUGCAGAUCUUGUCUAUAUUGAGUCUGUCUGUCCAGCCCAUGUCUAUAGGACGUCUAGACAAGGUCUUUGCAAAAUAACAGGAAAAAAGAUUUCUGCAUUUUUACCAUGAGAAUAAAUGUUUUUCUUUUAAUUACAUCUUGUUUUUUUUAUGUUCUUUUAAUUUUUAUUUAUUUAUGUUUUGGCCAGGAGAAAGAUCGGACAGCACUUUAACCUUGAGUCCUGCUGAAAGUCUGUUGUAGCAAACCAAAUCCUAACUGAAACAUGUGUAACACUGUGUGAUGUGGUCAGAUGACGGAGGUGAAACAAGAUAAAGCAGCUGAAGAAAUUG